AUGGACGAAGAUCACGGACCCCAAUCGAUAGGCCCGACGUGUUCGUCGCGCCGCACCGUCGGCUCCCGGCUUCGCUCUGUGACGCGAGCCUUUACCACUAAAAAGGGCCUCAUUGGCGACUACGACUAUGGCUUCCUCUUUCGUCCGAACCUGCCAUUCAUGCGGCGAUCGAACUCGCGCAGUCCCUUUUUCGGCCUCAACGACCGCAUGCCCUUGGUGCUGAGCCUGCUCCUCGGUCUCCAGCACGCGCUGGCCAUGCUCGCCGGCAUCAUCACGCCGCCGCUUCUGCUCAGCGGCACGUCCGGCGCCAAUUUGGACGUGGACCAGCAGCAGUACCUCGUAUCUGCUGCGCUCAUCAUUUCGGGCAUCCUAUCCACCAUCCAAAUCACCCGUUUCCGCAUCUUCAAGUCUCCCUACUACAUUGGCACAGGCGUCAUCUCCGUCGUCGGUGUCUCGUUCAGCGUCAUCCCCGUCGCCCUCGGCGGCUUCCAGCAAAUGUACGCCAACGGCUACUGCCCGUCCACGCCCGACGGCAAGCCGCUCCCUUGCCCGCGCGGCUACGGCGCCCUUAUCGGCACAUCGGCCCUGUGCGCGCUCAUCGAGAUCCUCAUCUCCUUUGUCCCCGCGCGCGUCCUCCUGCGCAUGUGCCCGCCCAUCGUCACAGGCCCGACCGUCAUGCUCAUCGGCGUGCACCUCAUCGAGAGCGGCUUCCAGGGCUGGCUGGGCGGCUCCGGGCCGUGCUCGGACCCAGCGACCGCCACGGGUAUCUUUGCCCUCUGCCCGAGCACCAGCGCGCCGCACCCGCUGCCCUGGGGCUCCGCCGAGUUCUUCGGCCUUGGCUUCUCCGUCUUCAUCACCAUUAUGCUCUGCGAGCGCUUCGGGUCGCCGAUUAUGAAGUCGACGUCCAUUGUCAUUGGUCUGCUGGUGGGCUGCAUCAUUGCCGCGGCGUGCGGCUACUUUGACCGAUCGGGCAUCGACGUGGCUCCCGUGGCAUCUUUCAUCUGGGUGCACACGUUUCCGCUGUCUCUCUACGGGCCCAUGGUGCUGCCAAUACUCGCCGUGUACAUCAUCUGCGCGUGCGAGGCGAUUGGCGACAUUACCGCCACCUGUGACGUGUCGAAGCUCGAGGUCGACGGCCCCAUCUACGAGUCGCGCAUCCAGGGCGGUGUCCUGGCCGACGGCUUGAAUGGCAUGCUCGCAUGUCUCAUGACCAUGACCCCCAUGAGCACGUUCGCGCAAAAUAAUGGCGUCAUUGCUCUGACGCGCUGCGCCAAUCGCAAAGCUGGCUACGCUUGCUGCUUUUUCCUCGUCGUUAUGGGCAUCUUUGCCAAGUUCGCUGCUGCCAUUGUCUCCAUUCCCUCUUCUGUCAUUGGCGGCAUGACCACGUUCCUCUUCACGGCCGUCGCUGUGUCCGGCGUUGCCAUUAUCGCGCGCGGCGUCGUCUUUACUCGCCGCAACCGCUUCAUCCUGACGGCUGGCCUAUCGCUCGGCUACGGUGCCACCCUCGUGCCCACAUACUUUUCUCACAUCUUCACGUACAACGGCGAUAACAAGUCUCUCAAAGGCUUUUAUGACGCGAUUGUUCUCGUGAUGCAGACAGGUUUUGCCGUCACGGCGGCGGUGUGUAUGAUCCUCAAUCUUACCCUGCCCGAGGAAUUGGAAGAAGACAUCACUGCUGAGGAGACCGAGCUUGAGCACACUUCUAGCGGGCGCGAAAUGAAGGCAACUGCCUAG